GCCUUGUCUCUUUCUUUAUUUUCCCAAUCUAUCUUCGACUGCAACGUGCAAUCAACAUAACACCAACGGAGAGAGAGAGAUAGAGAAUGGCAUCGGAGGAGCAGGAAGAACAGGCGUCGGGGAUAUCCAAGCUUCUGGAGAAGGCGAAGGGUUACGUGGCGGAGAAGCUGGCGAAUAUUCCGACGCCGGAGGCGUCCGUGACGGACGUUAACUUCAAGACGGCGAAUCUUAGCUCCGUCGAUUACAGCGCUAACGUCUCCGUCAAGAACCCUUACCCUCACUCCAUCCCCAUUUGCGAGAUCUCUUACAUCCUCAAGAGCGACACCAGGACAAUAGCGUCGGGAACGAUACCGGACCCGGGCUCGCUGAAGGGCAAAGACACGACAAUGCUGGACGUGGCGGUGAAGAUUCCGCACAGCAUAGCGAUCAGCCUGGUGCGAGACAUAGGAGCGGACUGGGACAUUGACUACCAGCUCGACAUCGGCCUCACCAUCGACCUCCCUGUCAUCGGCAACAUCACCAUCCCUCUCUCCACCAAGGGCGAGAUCAAGCUCCCCACUCUUAAGGACUUGUUUUGAUUUCUUUGCCCUAAAUGAUAAAUAAUAUAAUAUGAUGAUGAUGACAAGAAACAAUGAACAGAAGAUCGAUGUCUGUUUGUGUUUGUCUGUCUCCUCGUCGUGUGUUCUCGACUUAUUGAAACUUUUACUUUGGAUUUGACCGA